UGCACUGCGGUGUUUCCCGCGCGUGUCACCCCAGUUCCCGGGUGUACGGCGCGGCCUUUCGUACCGCCGCCGGCGCCGCAGCCGUCAUGGGGUUCCUGAAACUGAUCGAGAUCGAGAACUUUAAGUCUUACAAGGGUCGACAGAUUAUCGGACCGUUUCAGAGGUUCACCGCCAUCAUUGGACCCAAUGGCUCUGGUAAGUCAAAUCUCAUGGAUGCCAUCAGUUUUGUAUUGGGUGAAAAAACCAGCAACUUGCGGGUGAAGACUCUGAGGGACCUAAUCCACGGAGCUCCUGUGGGCAAGCCAGCAGCCAACCGGGCCUUUGUCAGCAUGGUCUACUCUGAAGAGGGUGCCGAGGAUCGCACCUUUGCUCGUGUCAUUGUUGGGGGUUCCUCUGAGUAUAAGAUCAACAACAAAGUGGUCCAGCUACAUGAGUACAGUGAGGAAUUAGAGAAAUUGGGCAUUCUCAUCAAGGCUCGUAACUUCCUCGUCUUCCAGGGUGCUGUAGAGUCUAUUGCCAUGAAGAACCCCAAAGAGAGAACAGCUCUGUUUGAAGAAAUCAGUCGCUCUGGGGAGCUGGCCCAGGAGUAUGACAAACGAAAAAAAGAAAUGGUGAAGGCUGAAGAGGACACACAAUUUAAUUACCAUCGCAAAAAAAACAUUGCGGCUGAACGCAAGGAGGCCAAACAGGAGAAGGAAGAGGCUGACCGCUACCAGCGCCUAAAGGAUGAGGUAGUUCGAGCUCAGGUACAGCUGCAGCUUUUUAAGCUUUACCAUAAUGAAGUGGAAAUUGAGAAACUCAAUAAGGAAUUGGCCUCUAAGAACAAGGAAAUUGAGAAGGACAAGAAGCGUAUGGACAAGGUAGAGGAUGAGCUAAAGGAGAAGAAGAAGGAGCUGGGCAAAAUGAUGCGGGAGCAGCAGCAGAUUGAAAAGGAGAUCAAGGAGAAGGACUCAGAACUGAACCAGAAGCGGCCUCAGUACAUCAAAGCUAAGGAAAAUACCUCCCACAAAAUCAAGAAGUUAGAAGCAGCCAAGAAGUCCCUACAGAAUGCUCAGAAGCAUUUUAAGAAACGUAAAGGUGACAUGGAUGAGUUGGAAAAGGAGAUGCUCUCCGUAGAAAAAGCCCGGCAAGAAUUUGAGGAACGGAUGGAAGAGGAGAGCCAGAGUCAGGGUAGAGACUUAACCUUGGAGGAGAAUCAGGUAAAGAAAUACCAUCGGUUGAAAGAAGAGGCCAGCAAGAGAGCAGCCACCCUGGCUCAGGAGCUGGAGAAGUUCAAUCGAGACCAGAAAGCAGACCAGGACCGGCUAGAUCUGGAAGAGAGGAAGAAAGUAGAGACAGAGGCUAAGAUCAAGCAAAAACUGCGGGAGAUUGAAGAGAACCAGAAGCGAAUUGAGAAACUGGAGGAAUACAUCACGACUAGCAAACAGUCCCUGGAGGAGCAGAAGAAACUUGAGGGGGAACUGACAGAGGAGGUGGAGAUGGCCAAGCGGCGUAUUGAUGAGAUCAAUAAGGAGCUGAACCAGGUGAUGGAGCAGCUGGGGGAUGCCCGCAUUGACCGCCAGGAGAGCAGCCGCCAGCAGCGAAAGGCAGAGAUUAUGGAAAGCAUUAAGCGCCUUUAUCCUGGUUCUGUGUAUGGGCGCCUCAUUGACCUCUGCCAGCCCACACAAAAGAAGUAUCAGAUUGCUGUAACCAAGGUUCUGGGCAAGAACAUGGAUGCCAUUAUUGUGGAUUCAGAGAAGACAGGCCGGGACUGUAUUCAGUAUAUCAAGGAACAGCGUGGGGAGCCUGAGACCUUCUUGCCUCUUGACUAUCUGGAGGUGAAACCUACAGAUGAGAAACUCCGAGAGCUGAAGGGGGCCAAGCUGGUGAUUGAUGUGAUUCGCUAUGAGCCACCUCAUAUUAAAAAGGCCCUGCAAUAUGCUUGUGGAAAUGCCCUUGUCUGUGAUAAUGUAGAGGAUGCCCGCCGCAUUGCUUUUGGAGGCCACCAGCGUCAUAAGACAGUGGCACUAGAUGGCACACUGUUCCAGAAAUCUGGAGUCAUCUCUGGUGGGGCCAGUGAUCUAAAGGCCAAGGCAAGGCGUUGGGAUGAGAAAGCUGUAGACAAGUUGAAAGAGAAGAAGGAGAGAUUGACGGAGGAGCUAAAAGAGCAAAUGAAGGCAAAGCGAAAAGAAGCAGAACUACGUCAAGUGCAGUCUCAGGCCCAUGGACUGCAGAUGCGGCUCAAGUACUCACAGAGUGACCUGGAACAGACCAAGACACGGCAUCUAGCCCUCAAUCUGCAGGAAAAAUCCAAGCUGGAGAGUGAAUUAGCCAACUUUGGGCCUCGCAUCAAUGAUAUCAAGAGGAUUAUCCAGAGCCGAGAGAGGGAAAUGAAAGAUUUGAAGGAAAAGAUGAAUCAGGUAGAAGAUGAAGUUUUCGAAGAGUUUUGCCGGGAGAUAGGUGUACGCAACAUCCGAGAGUUUGAGGAAGAGAAGGUGAAGCGACAGAAUGAAAUUGCCAAGAAGCGUUUGGAGUUUGAAAAUCAGAAAACGCGCUUGGGCAUCCAGUUGGAUUUUGAAAAGAACCAGUUGAAAGAAGAUCAGGAUAAAGUACACAUGUGGGAGCAGACAGUGAAAAAAGAUGAAAAUGAGAUAGAAAAACUCAAGAAGGAGGAGCAAAGGCACAUGAAGAUCAUAGAUGAGACCAUGGCCCAGCUACAAGACCUGAAGAAUCAGCACCUGGCCAAGAAGUCAGAGGUGAAUGACAAGAAUCACGAAAUGGAGGAGAUUCGUAAGAAACUGGGGGGCGCCAACAAGGAAAUGACCCAUUUACAGAAGGAGGUGACAGCUAUUGAGACCAAGCUUGAACAGAAGCGUAGUGACCGCCACAACCUGCUGCAGGCCUGUAAGAUGCAAGAUAUUAAGCUGCCACUGUCUAAGGGCACCAUGGAUGAUAUUAGUCAGGAGGAGGGUAGUUCCCAGGGAGAAGAUUCAGUGAGUGGUUCCCAGCGAACAUCAAGUAUCUAUGCACGAGAGGCUCUCAUUGAGAUCGACUAUGGCGACCUGUGUGAGGAUCUGAAGGAUGCUCAGGCUGAGGAGGAGAUCAAACAGGAGAUGAAUACACUGCAGCAAAAACUAAAUGAGCAGCAGAGUGUACUCCAGCGCAUUGCUGCUCCCAAUAUGAAGGCCAUGGAAAAGCUGGAAAGUGUCCGAGACAAGUUCCAGGAGACCUCAGAUGAAUUUGAGGCUGCUCGUAAGCGAGCCAAGAAGGCCAAGCAGGCAUUUGAACAGAUCAAGAAGGAGCGUUUUGAUCGCUUCAAUGCUUGUUUUGAAUCUGUGGCUACCAACAUUGAUGAGAUCUACAAGGCCCUCUCCCGCAACAGCAGUGCCCAGGCAUUUUUGGGCCCUGAGAACCCUGAGGAGCCCUACUUAGAUGGCAUCAACUACAACUGUGUGGCUCCUGGCAAACGCUUCCGGCCAAUGGAUAACUUGUCAGGGGGGGAGAAAACAGUGGCAGCUCUGGCCCUACUGUUUGCUAUCCACAGCUACAAGCCAGCUCCCUUCUUCGUCCUGGAUGAGAUCGAUGCUGCCCUGGAUAACACCAACAUUGGCAAGGUGGCAAAUUACAUCAAGGAGCAGUCAACUUGCAACUUCCAGGCCAUAGUCAUCUCUCUCAAGGAGGAGUUCUACACCAAGGCUGAGAGCCUCAUUGGAGUCUACCCUGAGCAAGGGGACUGUGUGAUCAGCAAAGUCCUGACCUUCGACCUCACCAAGUACCCUGAUGCCAACCCUAACCCCAAUGAGCAGUAGCAGUAAUUUGCCCUCCUACCCUGUCUGGAUCCCUAAGAUUCUCCCCUUCCAGCCUCUGGAUAUUUGACUCCCAACUUUCCCCUACCUCCUGUCCCUGUUAGGUUUAGGUAUGGGAUUUAGGCACUGCUAUCAAGCACGAAGAGGAACAGAGGUGAUAUUAGGUCUGGAGCAAAAGUUUCUGAGCUACAGGGAGUAUCCUGGCCUCUGGAAGGUGCUGAGCUGAACUGAGCUGCACAGGGCCAUCUGUCUGUCCUCCCUCCUCACCCUUCAGACCUCUUAAUCAACCAUAGCCAUGGGUCCCUUGGGCCCACUUGCAUUUGCUUGUGUGUGGGUAUGUAUGUGUGCACAUGUGUGCAUGUGGACGUGUUUGCAAACUAAUAAAGAUGAUGGAGACAUUUUAGAAGAAGCCUAGAUGAAGUUGAUUCAAAGAGGGCUUAGUAUGAUAGUACCCCAGAGCUAGGCACAGCUAUUUAGGACCUCUUAAGGGGCAGGCAGUCACAUGAAAAUUACCCUCAUUCACUAGUCUGUGUUUUCACUCAUUUGUGUAUUCAUCAAACAAGUACUGAACAUGCUCUAUAGUCAGGCUCUAUGCUAGAAAUACAGUGCCGAAUCAGACACCAUCUCCAGCCUCCUCAGAGAUACAGUGACUUAAUGAGUUUCUUUGGUUAUAUUAAUGUCAUUUUUAUAGAUACUUUGAAGAGAUUAUAAUCUGCAGGCUUCUUGGGAAAGGUCACAUUUGAGCUGAACCAUGACAGAUUGGUAGGAUUUGCUCAGGCACUAGGGAGCAUGGGACAGGCAGUUGUGGGUUCUAGUCACAUUUUUAAUCACUGAUUAAUUGUUUGGCAUUGGGCAAGUCAUUUGAUCUUUCUGUGCCUCAGUUUCCUCAUUUGUAAAAUGGGGUUAACAAUAUUACCUACCUCAUAGAAUUUAAUGAUGUCAAGUUUAUUACUGGAGGCCUUAGUCCUAAUUGGAGCUCACUAGGUGCCAACCUCUCAAUAUAUGACGUCUUGUGCUUGGACCCCUGAAGGUUUCUGGUCCUAAAUCUGUGAGAUGCCCAAUGCCUUGAUUAUUGGAAAGGUUCCAGGGCAUUGAUGGUGUUUAGAUAAUAAAUGGAGGGCCUAAGGAAACCUAUAGCUUCAACCAUAUCGUAACUGGUGCCUGGUCCCCAGCUUGGGUUGUGAGGAAAUAAAGGAGAGGUACCCUGGGCCACAUUUGGCUGACUGCAUGUGAUGUUCCUUUUGGGAACUAACAACAUUAGCUGUAGGAACUGGACUGAAGCAGCACAGCCUACUGCCAUGAAGUCAGUCUUUGCUUACUGACAUACUGUCAGACCCUAUCCUGAUGUGUAUAUUACAUUUUUUGUUUUUAAAAUGUUGAAUCCAUACAAAUUACCCAGAAGUUGAACACAUAAAUUCAUUCUCUUUACAGAUUAUAUUUUACAAAUAAAACUAGCUUCGUUCAUCAUUAAUCUCCUCCCCCUUUUUAUUGUAUCUUCAUCUAAACUUAUGAAUUUUACAGAAAUAUGAAAUCAUUGAAAAUGUUGUGUUAAAAGCAAAUGACAAGUUGAUUUUGCUUUAUCAUUGUUUUUGAGAUCUAUGCAUGUUGCUAAAUGUAGAUUUAAACACCUUUAUAUGAUUCUGCUACAUUUUACUUCCCAUUUCUCUAGUGAUAGUGUCUUUUUUUCAAUUUUACUAUGACAGAAUACUACACAGGAGUAUCGUGUGUGCAUGCGUGUGUAUGUAGUUUACCUAGAGUUGAUUCCUAAAAGUUGAAUCACAGUGUCAUAGGAUAUUGUAUAUUUUUUAAUAGAUACUUCUAAAUUACCCUCUUGUACUGUUAGUAUUUUUCUUGAGACUGUCUAAGGUCUACCAUUGUUUUCUACUUCAGUUUUAGCUUAAGUAAUGUUAUAGUGAAAGCACGUCUUUUAUAUGCUAAUUAUGUAUUUUAUCUAAUAGUAAAAGGCCCAAGUCUCAGAACAAAAUAAACUGGUCCAUAUUCAACCAAAGACAUCACAUACCACCAAUGCUAUAUGUGUUAUAGUUUGAGAACUGCUGGCAUAAAUGAAAAAGCAAUUUGGGAGUCAAUUGUGGUUCAAAUCCUAGCUGUCGGAACUUGAACCCCAUUGCUUCCUCUCAGAUCCUUUGUUUCCUCAUGUAGAAAGGGAAAUAAUAUAUGCCUACUUUGUAAGAGUGCAGAUGAAAUAUUUUUGAAGCAAUUUGGCACCUAGCUCAUGAGGGGCUUUAAAGGCAGUGAUUGCUAUUCUCCCCACUUUACAGUUAAGGUCUAGGAAAGUUAAAUGACCCAAAUGAAUUAGUGAAGAACAGUGAGACUCUCCAGUCAUGUGGUUUCUCCACUGUGAGGAGUAGUUAUCUUGAUUUUGCACCAAGAAAUAGCUUGUUAUGUAUUUUAUUUUUCCUUUUUUUUUAAAUUGAAGCAAUACAAAUACAAGUUAAAGAAUAAAAUAGUAAAUAAAGAUUUGUAAUGAAAAGCAGCAAUUUCUGCGGCACCCCACAUCCAAAGGUUUUGGCUUUCCUUGUGCUGGUCACACGUCUAGAAAUCUUAAUUCAGUGGGUAUGGAUAGUAAUUAGAAUAACUAAUCCCUGCCUCACAGGGAUGGAAAGGAUUACAUUAUAUAUCUUAACCUAAGGAAUUUGCACACAGGAAUGUGAUUGAGGUCUUGAGGAUCAGAGCUUAGAUGAUCAAGAUCCUAGUGGUUCAGUAGAAGAACUUUGACUUAAUCUUGGAUUUUCUUUGUGCCACAUUACCUUGAAUCAUCACAUAUUUAAGGAAGGCUGUGUUCAUAGGUGAGCAGACACUAUGGUAUAUUUUUGCAAGUAAGCUGAGCAAGUAGAGUCUUCAGUUUACCAAGACACUACGGUUGCCUUUCUUAUACUCUGAACCAUUAACCUUGCUCUUGGUAAUCAAAGGAUACCCAGAGACGUCUUUUUCUUUUUUUUGGCUUUUUGGGUCACACCCAGUAAUGCACAGGGGUUACUCCUGGCUCAUGCACUCAGGAAUUACUCCUGGCAGUGCUUGGGGGACUAUAUGGGAUGCUAAGAAUUGUGUCGGCUGCGUGCAAGGCAAAUUCCCUACCCACUGUGCUAUUGCUCUAGCCCCAACAGUCUUUAAUUGGGCAUCUGAGUCUGAAUCAUGUACAACACGGUCAUGAAAUAAUUCAAAUAUUUAUCUUUCCUUUGAGGAGCUCACUGUCUAGUUGGGAGGGCAAUUCAUUCUUUAAACAGCCAUUGAACACACAGAGUGAUCAGCACUUUGAGAGGAGCACAGAAUAAGGAGGAUGACUUCUUUGCUAGGCAUCCUCUCACCUAGGAGGUGACCCCUGGGCUGAAUCUUGAGGAACUAGAAAGAACUAGGUAAGGUAUAAGGAAUUCCCAGGUAUUGAGAACAAUAUGCACAAAGACCUGAAGACCAGAAAUAAGCCAAACCAGUUCAGAAAUACUGAACACCAGUAUUCCUGAGGUGGGAAGAACAGCAAAAUCUGAACCUGGAGAUGUGAUGAAGGACCAUAUUUUGAAGGGGUUUUGAGGGACUGGCUAGAAAGUUCAGAUUUACUUCAUGUACAUUCUGAAUUAGCUAUUCACAAGAAACAGGACAUCCUGGUCCCCCAACCUCUAAACAUUCACUUUCUGCAAUUUGGAUGGGGCCUUUGGAUCUUAAAUUUGCAAAUGUCAUCAUAUGACUUUAGGGUGCAGAUAGGUUUGAGAACUGUAGCCAGAAGGCAAUAGGGGAAUCAUAGAAUGAUUUUAAGCAGGGGAAAUACUUUUUCAAACUCACAUGUGAAUUUUAACAAACCCUUUUUUCUGGCCUGCCUUUAUGGAAAUAUGUUAGGUCAGGUGUACUUAUAUGCUCCUGGGCCUGUAGUUUCCAUAUUGUCCUUCUUGAACUAUAUUAUAUAUUUGCUUGCUUUGUCUCUGAAUAAGCAGUAAGCACCACAAGGGUGAGCGUGGUGUUAUCUUGCUACAGGUAUACCCCUAGGAAAAAGCACAAUGCGUAACAAAAUAGGCAGCCAAUUAAUUAUGAGUGAAUGUACCUUACUGAAGGCAUUUAUGAGGGAGAGAUUAGAGAUGGAGAUCAGUUAUAAGAACUAUUGAAUAAAGACCAGGAGGUCUGCUCUAGGACAGGGAGUGGGAAUGAAUUAGUGGUCAUAAAUUAUGAGUUGUUGAGGAAAAUUGAUGAACUAAAGACUUGGUGUCUGUUGAUUGGAUGUGGAGGGUGACUGAGAAGAUAGAAUGAGUACCCAUUAAUAGCCAAGACUCUUACCCUAUCCCAGUCACUCUUCCUCAUCCCUCUGAAUAAGGAUAUUCCAGCCUCUUCAGCAGCUGGAAUUCCUUCCACAAGUGAGUUAAACAUUCUGUGUGUGUUGUGUGGUCUCCCAUUCCCCUGGCCAUUGAUCCAUUCAUCCGGUUCAAUAAAUCUUGGCCAAGUACCUCCUGUAUUCAGUGAGGCUCUUCCAAGCCAGUAUUUGACUCCCUUUUUCCUACCUCUAGAGAAUUUUUUUGAGGGCUUCCCUAGGUAAGAGUUAUAUCCUUUAUAUAGUAACCUAAAGGGAGAUACCCAUAUAUCAGGCCUUUAAGGAAACUUGCAGGCAUUUUCUAACUUCCCCUCCUGAGGCUCUUGGUGGGAAAAGGAAUUUGCCCAAGGUCCCUCUUCUAGGGAUGUUGAAGAUAGAACAACAAGUCCUUUCUCCACAUUAUUCCUAGAGCCUUGAAUUCUCAUUCCAGAGCAGGAGUGACAGAGGUGGCCAGGGAGAAAGUGGACUUAAGUUGAGCCUUGAAAGUUGAUGUACUGGAUAGGUCAAAAAGCAUGUCAGUUACUGCCCUGUUCUGGAUACCCUCAAUAAAACCUGCCAUGUCCAUAGUCCUUUCUUAGGGGUUUCUUAAGCAUGAAUUGUCAUGCUCCUUACCAUGUGACCUCAGUCCUGACUACAGAUGGAUGGUUAGGUUGGAAUUGUAUCUCACUCAAGGACAGUCAGUCUCCAGGCUGGCGAGCCCCCUAUUAGGUGGACUGAUGUAAGACUGUCAUAGGGAGAUGGCCUGUAUCAAAUGACAAGUAUUUAAAACACAGAAUCUUUUUCAGGGAGGCAGAAUAUGAGAUUUUUCAGAAAUGAGCAGUUAAUUAGAAUUUAGUGAGGCAAAAAAAGGCGAAUGAGGGGUACCAGAAACUAAGCAACAAAAGCAAGGAGAAAGGUGCAGAAACCAUAAAAUGUAUGUACAGUGAAACCAUGUGGCCACGAGGCAAUAGAAGCCAUGAAGCAGCAAGAUAGCAAUGGGCCAAAAGGACACAGAAGCCAUGAAGCAAUAGGAGCCACAAUGUAGCAAAAGCCGCAAGGAACAGAAAUCAUGAAAGGAAACUGAAACUGAGAUCCAUGAAGCAGCAAAAGACUUGAACAGACAAGAUCUGGGAAGUGAUAGAAGUGAGCAAGAGAAGAGCUGCAGGGUAGCUGAAACCAUGUGGCAGCAAGACUAUAGGAAUCAAAACUGCAGGAAUGAAAAGGUACAAAGAAGUAACAGAAGCCCUGGAUUAACAGGAAUAGAUGCUCUAAGUUGCAGGAGCCUGGAGACCCUGAAGGCUUGGCUAUGAAAGAGGGGAGCAGAAAUAAUGGUAGUCAGCAGUAGGAGUAUAAAUACAGCCAGAAAGAAGUUGAGUCACCAUUUUGGGACUCACUAGAGAAGAGAGCAACAGAUGCCUGCAGCUGAGAGGGUGACAAGAUAAACCAGGCUCUAGAGCUGCUUUUGGAUCAUGAACUGUUUUCAAGUUUCUGUUCUUUCAUGAGGCUGCCUAUGUAGCUGUUUUUGUCUUCCUUAUUUCCCUGUAAAUGCUUCAAUAAAUCUUCAUCAUUGA